AUAUAUAUUAAUAAUUAUUAAUAUUAAUAAUAAUGAUAAUAAUGAGAUAUUAUUUAUAAAAAUAUGAAUACUAUUAUUAAGAAUAACUACAAGUCAAUUAUACUUUAUUAAUAAAUGAUAUAAUUCAUAAAUAAUGUUUUUAUUAUACCAUUAUUAAUAAGAGGAAGAAGAAUCUCACUUCUCAAACAUUACAAGAUAAGUUGUCUUUUCAGUGGAGCGCCUACAACCAAGCUCUUGAUGUUCUCCAUGGCUCUCUUCGGCUCCUCUCAGCCGCUCCCCUCGCCCCGCUCCUCGGAGAUGCUGAUGUCGGAGCUCGGCUCGCUGCUCAGGCGCUCGGAGCGGCUGCAGCUAGAGCGCGCGGCCGAGGGGAGGAGGCGCCGCUCCAGCGUGGAUUACACCUGGCUCGCUGUCACCCCCAAACCCGCCUACCAGCUCAGCCCUGGAGAGACACUGGAACUGCAGGACCUGUGCACCAAAAUACAGCCAUCCCAGUGCGGGCCUGUCAUACUGAGGUUCCGGAAGCUGGUGAUGGAGUACGAGCCGGACGUUCACGAGGUGUCUCGUAUUUUCCGCUCCGUGCUGUGCGACUCGCUGGACGAGGAGCGCGGGAGUGAGGAGGAGCGGCGGCUGGAACAGCGGGGCUGGGACAAGCAGCGCUCCAAGAGCCUGUCAGUCAUGACCGUCAAGUCCCGCCUCCGCAUCAACCCCUCCAGAAACCCCGCCCCCUCCGGCUCCACCCUCGAAGAGGACAGCGACGAGGAGGCGGGGCUGGGGGGCGGGGCCAGGAGGGUCCGGAGCAUGCCGGAGAUCACCCCGUGCGAGCAGACGAGGGGGCCCUAACUAGAGAAAGGGAGGAAACGUUUCCACUAGAAGUCUCUCUCAGCGUCUUCAGUGUAAAUUCAAUGGCAAACGUUUCCACUAGAAGUCUCUCUCAGGGUCUUCAGUGUAAAUUCAAUGGCAAACGUUUCCACUAGAAGUCUCUCUCAGCGUCUUCAGUGUAAAUUCAAUGGCAAACGUUUCCACUAGAAGUCUCUCUCAGCGUCUUCAGUGUAAAUUCAAUGGCAAACGUUUCCACUAGAAGUCUCUCUCAGCGUCUUCAGUGUAAAUUCAAUGGCAAACGUUUCCACUAGAAGUCUCUCUCAGGGUCUUCAGUGUAAAUUCAAUGGCAAACGUUUCCACUAGAAGUCUCUCUCAGCGUCUUCAGUGUAAAUUCAAUGGCAAACGUUUCCACUAGAAGUCUCUCUCAGGGUCUUCAGUGUAAAUUCAAUGGCAAACGUUUCCACUAGAAGUCUCUCUCAGGGUCUUCAGUGUAAAUUCAAUGGCAAACGUUUCCACUAGAAGUCUUUCUCAGCGUCUUCAGUGUAAAUUCAAUGGCAAACGUUUCCACUAGAAGUCUCUCUCAGCGUCUUCAGUGUAAAUUCAAUGGCAAACGUUUCCACUAGAAGUCUUUCUCAGCGUCUUCAGUGUCAAUUCAACGGCAAACGUUUCCACUAGAAGUCUCUCUCAGCGUCUUCGAUGAAGACUCACCCCCCCCCCCCCCCCACUGAAGACACUGAAGACAUUUGAAUUCACGUACAGUUUGUGUAAAUACUGUCUAACAGUACAUACAAGGGUCAUAAAAAAAAAAAAAAAAACCUAGGGUAACCUCUGCCUGCUAUUUCAGAUACAUGAUCAUUCUGCAUUGCAAGUUUUUUUUUUUUUUCCAAAUAAGGUUUUCUGUAAAUCUCCAAAUGUUUUUGUCAUUUUCAAUAAAAACGUUCUUUCACACUUCAGGAACUCUGAGCGUUUUUU